AUGGUUGAAGUAGAAUCAAUUAAAGGUGAGGUUCCUUCGUCUAUAACUAAAGCCCUUAUUAAACAACAGGAACGAGUGUAUCUUUUACAUUUGGAAAAGAGUCUAGUCAAUUUCAUAAAGAACAACAUAUUGCAAUUGCAACUGCUGAAUCAAAGCCCAGUUUAUGUAAUUCAUUCCAUUUACCUCAAGAAUUCCUACUAUAGAUUAUUGACCCACCAAUUAUGCCAAUACUACAACUUGCAACAUUGGAACAACCAACAGAACGAAAUUGUUGUUAGUCCUAGACAAAACUUUGAUUAUGGUGAUUUUAUUACCCAUGUUGAUAAUCCGUCGUCUCCCAAGUUCACCAAAUUAUCUGUGUAUAUCCAGAUGGAGAUGAACACCCAACAUAUGAUAUUUUCCAAUGAGUUAUUAUCACGAAGUCAUUCUCAAAAGACUCAGCCCCGUGCACCGCUGAACACUGCUAUAUCAUCAAUUAGGCCGGCAGCCAGACAAAUCAAGCUUAUACGAAAAGAUAAACCAUCAUCACCAUCUUCAGUGUCGGAUACAGUAAACGGUGAAGGCGAAGUGAGUUUUAAUUCAGCCACCAUCGCUAGUGCCAAAAGUGAUGAUACCAGUAGUAGUUCCGUGACGGAUAUGACUAUGAAUAUGGAAGAUUUGGCGAUUUCAGACUCAUCGUCAACUUCUACAGAAUCUCAUGACUCGAAAAUCGAGUCAGAUAGAGCUACAAAGGAGGCUUUAUAUAGGAAACUACGAGAUGAGAUCUUUGAUCAAGAAGAUGACAUAGAAGCUACGCAGGGAUACCGGUAUAUUCUGAAAAGUGUACCUAUUCCACUAAAGGAGAAGAAUCCUCAUGAACAUGGAAGGCAAUACGGACUUGACCCCGAUGUAAAGCAAAAUAAAAGCAAAGAUGGGAAGAGCCAACACCAGAAAAAUAGAAGCCAGAACCAGAACCAGAACCAGAACCAAACAAAGACCAAGAUUAUGUCUCAGAGUCAAAGUCAGACCGUGAAUGAAGCUUCUUUGAAUCCGAAACCAAAGCCAAUUCAAAAUCAGACAAUGGUUGGUAGAACUGGAGUUAGCUUUGUUCCUGCUUAUCCAGGAAUGUCAAUUCCUUUACAGUAUAAUGGUGGUGCCCAGUCAGGAACGGGAGUGAUCUCAACCCCCAUGGUAGCUGUAUAUCCUCAACAACAACAACCGUCACACGGAGCUUAUUUCGGAGUCCACUUCCCUCCUCCUCCUCCUCCUACUGGAUAUUAUCCUGGUCCAGUACUUAUAGCUCCAAUGGCAGUUCCUACAACCUGUAAUGGGAGUGCUGUAGUUCACGGACCACCACAGUUGGUUCCUACAACAACAGCAAUACCUAGUGGGAUACCACCCAAUGGAAUCUAUUCUGGUAUGAGCGAGUAUGGGAAUCGAACCAGUUACGACAAGGAAACCGAAAGGAAAAUCUUGAAUAAUCCCUACAUUAUCAUCCCUGAUUCCGGCAAUAAUGUUACAAGAAACAAGACUCGAAAACGGUACAAUAACACUAAUAAUAAUAAUAACGGCGGUAUUAACGAGACUAAAGGCAAAUAG